AGAUGAGUGAGUUGGAGGAUCAGAGAGACGUCUUUAAGCUGAGCCGUGAUUGGCUGUCUGUACAGGAAGUGGUCAACGCCGUCAGCAGCUCCUCCUGUGGAGCCAUUUCAGUUUUUAUAGGUACGACCCGUGAGGACGUGGUGGAAGGCAGGAAGGUGAUUGGUCUGGAGUAUGAGGCAUAUGAACUCAUGGCCCAAUCAGAGUUCACCAAGCUGUGUGCUGACAUCAGAGCGCGCUGGCCAACCGUGACGCACAUCUGUGUCCACCACCGGCUGGGGUGGGUGGCUGUGGGUGAGGCCAGCGUUGCCAUGGCGAUCUCCUCUCCUCAUCGCCGUGACGGCCAGCAGGCGAUCCAGCACUGCGUCGAGCAGCUGAAGGCCAAAAUCCCCAUCUGGAAGAAGGAAGUGUACGACACCCAGGACUCCAGCUGGAAGGAGAACGCAGAGUGUCCCUGGGCUGCUCGUCCAAUCACAUCGCUUACAGAGAACAUGUGACCCUGCUGGAAAUAAACAGUGAACCAAUGAGCUGGCA